AGAUAUUACUGAUCCAUGGUGUGGAACAGAUGUUCCGGAAUCCAGUAAUGAUAAAUGUAAAAAUUGUUUUGAGGAUUCUUUCGUAGAAAAUCAAACGCAACACAUUAAAUUAGCUGAUUCAGAAGAAUACCUAGAAAAACUUUUUAUAAAAUUAUGCCGCAGAUUCUAGACUUAAAAGUCUUCAAAAAGCUUCGUCAAAGAAAGAUCUUGUAACAUCCUUAUUUGAAGCAAAGGAAGAUUCUAUUGCACGUUUAAUAACAUCCGGAUGUAAGAUUGAAACAGAAGAAGAAACUGAACUUACUUCAAAUCCGUUAAUAAGACAUAUAGCACCUCACUUACAGGCCUUAACUGCUAACGAAUUAGUUCAUCUUUUGAAAGCAGAUGUUCUACAAAUUGUUAACGAAUCUGUGAAAGAAGAAGAAGGGAUUAACAUACAAACAUUAACAGAUAAAGAAACUACAAAUUAUCAGUCAAAAGAAUAAAGUAGAACUAAAGUUAAAAAAAAAUGUCAAUCCAGGUACUAUCAGGAAAAGUAUUUUUAGUAGUUACAGGUGCAAGUCGUGGAAUUGGAAAACAGCUUGCAAUAUCCAUUGGUUCAGUUCUGGAAAAAGGUUCACAUAUGCUUUUAUUAGCAACAAAUUUAAAUGCUUUAAAAGAAACGGCAAAAAAUAUUCCUGCAAGUGUAUCUGUUGAUACUGUUAGUGCUGAUUUAGCUAAAACAACAAAAGAUAAAUUGCAUGAUAUCAUAAUGCAGUCUUUAAAAGAUCAAACUUUACAUCAGUUUGAUCGAGUAGUUGUAAUACAUAACGUUGGUUCACUUGGACCUAUGAAUCAGUGUACAAAUGAUCUGACCGAUAUAAAUAUGUGGCAUGAUUAUUACGAUCUAAAUGUUUUUGUUCCUGCUAUAUUAAAUGGGGUUAUUAUGCAAAUAUUCAAUGAAAAAACAAAUACUGAAAAACUGGUUAUAAAUAUUACAUCAUUAUAUGGCAUAAAACCAGGGAAAUAUCUAAGUUACUAUUGUUCAGGAAAAGCAGCACGAGAAAUGUUUUUUAAAGUAUUUGCAGUAGAAAAUCCAGAGAUCAAUGUCUUAAAUUAUUCGCCAGGACCGGUUGAAACUGACAUGUAUUAUGAAAUUUGUAAUGAUUUUGCUGACAAACAAGUGAAAACAGAAUUCAAAGAUAUGUUAAUGAAAAAAACUGUUCUAACUUGUGAGCAAACAGUUAAUCGUCUUUUAACAGUUCUUAAAGAACAAAAAUAUAAAUCCGGUGAUCAUGUUGAUUAUUAUGACGAAUUAUGAAUUACGUACAUUUAUUAAUGUGAAUGAUUUGCAUCCAGUUAUCAGGUAACAUUUCGCAAUGCGAAUAAAUAUAUUUUUAAUAAACUGUUUACAGGGUUGGUUAAAAUUCUUUAUACUUUAUUUAAUAUCAUUAUUACAUUAUAAAGACAUAUAAACAAUAUACAAUAUAUAUAACAAUAUACAAUAUAUAUAAAAAUUAUAUUAAUUAUAUGUAUAGUUACGAACAUUUGUACUAAAAAAGACUAAAAUCUUCCAUUAUAAUUGUAUGCUUACUGUAACAUUUCUUUAAAAUAGAUAUUUAUCAAAAUU